AGAAAGGGCUGCAGUCUGUAGACUCUCAGGGAGACAAAAAUCAGAGGAGGAGGGGAAGAGGGUCGGACCCAGAAGAAAACCUCUCUGGAGCCCACACUGCAUCUCUAUACUGUUGGAGAUUCAGUCUGGGGUCCAGGUACCCUUUAGCCUCCCCUCAUCAAUCAUCUGUGCUCCCACCCCUCGCCCAGCCUCUGGGAGGCUCUGAGGUACAGGGGGACCUGAGGGUGCGGCAGGAUUGAGCCACCUGCUGCAGUGCCACCCUGGAGAUCCAAGAGCACCACUACUCUCUCAUCUGCCAACAAAGCCAAGGAAGCCCCCGCGACGCACCUCGCCAGUGCUGCCGCCGUGAGAAAAGAUGACCUCGAGCAGUGAGUGUCUGUUACCGUACUACACGGCCCAGAGCGGCUCUGGAGUGGGCAUGUUCAACACCGUCAUGGGGAAGCUGCAGCGACAACUGUACAAGGGGGAGUAUGAUAUAUUUAAGUAUGCACCCAUAUUUGAGAGUGACUUUAUCCAGAUCACCAAAAGAGGAGAAGUGAUCGAUGUGCACAACCGCGUCCGCAUGGUGACCGUGGGCAUCGCGUGCACCAGCCCUCUCCUCCCACUACCUGAUGUCAUGCUGUUGGCCCGACCAGCCACCGGCUGUGAGGAAUUUCCUGGACGUGGCCAAGCCACCAAGGGGAAAAACCGUAAAGGUUCCAAGACCUUGGAGCUCACCAGGCUCCUGCCCUUGAAAUUCGUGAGGAUCUCUGUACAUGACCGGGAGAAGCAGCAACUUCGCCUGAAAUUCGCCACCGGCCGUUCUUGUUACCUGCAGCUGUGCCCCCCUCUUGAAGCCCGGGAAGACCUCUUUACCUAUUGGGAAAAGCUGAUUUACCUGCUGCGACCACCCAUGGACAGCAACAGCAGCACCUAUGCCAUUCCAGCUGAGGACAUGAUAUGUAUGCCCGUGUUUGAGGAAGACAACAGGUCCACUCUGACAGCUGCGGAGUUCCAAGGAAAAGGGGACCAGGACCAGGUUAGCAUCCGGAGCCUCCACAUGGUCUCUGAGGUGAGUGGGGCUACCUCAGCUGCUUAUGCUGGUGGGGAGGGGAUCCAACAGGACUCCCACAAACCUGCUGCUGUGUUGGGUGUACCCACCCCCAAAACAAAAUAUCCAGAGCUUGUCAAAGAGUCAGACACAGGGAUAACUGAGGCGGCGGAAGCAGGGGUAGCAGCCAGGACCUCAACAGGCACUUUGAGCGUGGCAGCCGUCAAGUCUGCAAGCUCUGGGCAAGGAGGCACAGCUGCAGCAGGAGGAAGCCAAGGCAGCAUCCUCAUCGCAGGCACUGCUAACAUAUCCCCCACGAACAUUAAGGUGGCCGUGGCAGGUGCUAUUGGCCAAUCCUCAGAGUACCUUUCCAGCCUUUCCACUAGCCUCUCCCCAGGGGGCAGCUCCAGUGUGGCCAUUGCAGGGGUUGGACCUACCAGCAACACUGUUGCAGAAAUCAUUAAUGACCCUGCAGAAGGUGAAACGGUCCUGGGUGAAAGCCUGGAGGGUGGGCAGCUGCAAAUUUCCCACGCCGGGGCUGAAGCCCGCAAGGAAAGGAGAGAAAGACGGGAGAGAAGGGAAAAGGAGAGAGCUCGCGGGAGGAGUUCCCGUCACCGCAGGGUGGGUGAAGGUCGCCGCAAGACAGCCGGGGACAAGCUGGGCCGAAAACCAUCUGGCCACAGAGCCUCUCGAGAGGACAAAAAGGAGAAAGGCCGAGGCAGCCCCAGGGGCAGCAGGCACAGCCCCUCGCACAAAGGCAUCAGCCACACGCCCAUCACUAAGGAGUCCAGGACCUCUCACAAGUCUGGGAGGAGCCUGUCGACCACGAGCUCAGGCUCUGCAAGCAAGAGACUCAGCAGGAUCAGCUCCUUCUUAAGGAAUGUCAGAGCCAACCUCACUACGAAAGCGGUGGCCUCUCCACAGGGCCAAGAUGUGGACAUCACGGCUAAGACGGUGGAGAAGACCAACAUGGAGGCCAUCGUGGAGACCGGAGAAAGUGGCCAGGGAGUGGAGAUCGUUGGCUCUGUGACAUCUGAGAUCAUGGAGACAGUGACAUUUGAAGCCCAUUAAAUCAAACCUAGAUCCAGAAGCUGCAAAGGGGGCCGGGGCUCUGGGGACUAUCCCAAAAGUGCCUAUUCCAGCUUUCUUUACUGCAGUUCAAAUAAAGAUCGAGACAAUCUAAGAACA